UGUUACACGAGAAAUUUUGUUUGAAGAGAAACAUGAGAAGUCAGAUCUGGAACCAACUAAACCCAUGAUAUAGGAAAGUUGUAUUGUUGGGGAAGACUUAGAAGAAUCAUCAGAUCCGGAAUCAAGAAAGCUCAUUGAAGAAACUUCUUUUCAUGAAGAUUUUAUUAUGGAAAGAGCCAAUGAAGUUGUUCCUGAAAUGGUUAUAACCCCUUUGCCUAGUCAGAAGCAUCAACACAUAUUGGUGACUUCUUAUGCGGCGUCUACAAAAUUAUUCCAGAAUAAUGAAAUUAUUGCUGAUAAAGGUGAGUUAUAUGUAUCCACAAACUCAAUCACAACAUAUUCAACGCUCAACACUAACUCAGUAUUACUCAUCGAUACCAACAUAACGAGAAACACAAAUGCAUCCAACUUGACCUACAAUUCCAACGAAAAUAUUUCUCCACCACCAAAGCCACCGGAGGAACCUAAUAUGUAUGAAAUCCAACCACUAUUGUUCUUGGAGGUGUCGGAUCUCGGUCGGAAAAAAACAGAGUCACUAAAGGAGCCACCGUCGAUAAUGAUUUCUGAUAAAACUUCAAUAUCGCCGCCGCCCUUAAAACCACCAGACAUAAUCUUAUCUCAGUCACCACAACCAAGGUUUGUUAACAAAACCCGUCUACCAUACUUCAAUUCUUUAUCACAGAUGAAGGUCGAGGCUGCCUUCAAUGGCAAAGAGUUUCACCCUGAUGGAAAUUUUGUAAUUCCACCUAUACCACAUGAUUCACCAAUGUUGAGGGUUUCCAAUGCCACUCUAUUUCAGUCAAAACAGUUAGACUCCAUUUCAAAGGAGAUGCAACGAGUACCAAAAUCAUCAUCUAUAAAAGUCAAGCUUCCAUGUCCUCUUGUUUUGUAUGACUCUCCUCAGAUAGAAUCAAAAUUCCGAGUAUUGCAUCCACCCAAAGCACCGCCGUCGAAACCCCCAUAUCUCAGUUUUGAGCAUGAUAAUUUCGUCAUGCCUCCACAACCUUCUCCCAAGAUUCAUAUAUGUUUAUCGGCGGAGAUUAUCCGGGCGGAUUUUCCGAAUGGCUUUGUAUUUGGCACUGCCUCUUCAUCUUUUCAGUACGCAGGAGCUGUGAAAGAAGAUGGAAGGGGUCCAUCUGUGUGGGAUACCUUUUCUCACAAUUCUAGCAAGGUGAUAGAUUUCAGCAAUGCUGAUGUUGCAGUGGAUCACUACCACCGAUACCAAGAAGACAUACAACUCUUGGUAUUGCACCAAUUGUUGGAGCAACACGGGCCUCAUAUUGCACGAGUUUCUAUCUUUGAGACCAACAAAUUGUCCAGCAAUACUUUUGUUGGAUACUUGGAGAUUGAUUUGCUGGAGUUUCCGACCAAGGAUUCUGUUUCUGACAUUGAAAUAUUCAAUGUUUUAUAUUCAUAUGUGCCUGGAAAAGUGGUCGACAACAUCUCCAUUUCAUGCUCUGAAGAGGAUCCAAGAGAAACAGAAAAAUUCAAAUUGUUGUUGGUUAAAGAAUGGAAGCGGUAUUUGAAGGACAUGAAGAAUUGGAUUCGUACCAUCCCUGCUGAAAUAACCCCAACCACAGAUCCUCCGCCUAAGACAUCACAGCUUGUAUCGUGUCUGUUACAACCACUCAUUCAUUAUCACACAAGGAAGAGAAAUAUGAAGAAGUUGAAAAAGACAAAGAUAUUGUGGUUGUUCGUGCAGGAAUCACAUUGGAACUUUCACUUGAACUGUUUCGGGAAAAAAAUUCAGAUGGGAUUUUCAAUAUGGGAGUUGCCGAGCAAUAUGCAGUCACGUUGGUUUCUGGUUUGUCAAGUGGUAGAUUGAAGCCAUUUUGCAUCAUACAAUCUUCCUUGUUACAGAGAGCCUAUGAUCAGGCUGUUCAUGAUGUUGAUCAACAGAAAAUUCCAGUGCGUUUUGUCAUUACAAGUGCAAGAUUGGUAGGUUCGGAUGGUCCCGUCCAAUGUGGAGAAUUUGAUAUAACAUUCAUGUCGUGCUUACCGAACAUGAUUGUCAUGGCGCUGUCUGAUAAGAUUGAACUUGUGCACAUGGAGACUACUGAUGCGAGUGGUUACGCUUUUGUCGUGAUGCCUUCGGCUAAAGGAAUGGUCCCUGUGAACCAACCUUAUUUCAUUGGAACUUAUUGGGGUGCAGUGAGGACUAUAUUUUAUACUGAGAUUAUUGAUUCAGCUGAUGCAUACUUGGUUGUUACCCAUUUUUAAUGACUCCAAUUAUGUUGGGUACUUAUUUCUUUUCAAGAAAGAGAAGGUUAUUAUUUUGCAGCCAGAUUCGGUUGUGAUUAGUAAUGGACCUGUAUUUGGAUUUGAGUUAAUGGAGGAUUUACUUAAGGCACAUGCAAACAACAAUGCUUCUUAUGAAAAUUACCAUAGGAUAUAUUCUGGAUGGGAAUCCUUUGAAGCCUGCACCAAAAGAACCUUGAGAGUUUAAUGUUAUGUUCCAACAUAUACAAAAGAUGCUAUCUAGUAAAACUGUUGUGAUUGCCGA